AAUGCGCGAAAGCAACGCCAAAGCUCAAGAGAAAAGCCACUCAGAUGUAGGCAGCGCCUGAGAGAUUCCCUCAAACUUGUUUGCGGAAGCUCCCGAUCGCCUGAAAUUCCUGGCGGAGUGGAACGAGCGAACGAACGGGGUGGGGUCUGGACUGAGUUUGUGUGUCCGCGCGGGGGCUCAGUGUUUUUGUCAGAGACUCUCCACAGAAAAAGAAAGAGAAAAAAGACAAUAUUAUUAUUUUAGAGAUAGUUUUUUUUUGUUUUGCGGUCUCCCGUUGCUACCUGGAGACAGAAAGAUUCCCUUCAGAUCGCUUGCUGUCUGAAGGGAGGGAGGACGCUAUUUUGGUGCUUGACUUUUUUUUAAAAAAAGAAAAUUACUUUUAGCCCAAGCCAAGGACGGUAUUUAACAAGAAAAGGAGAUUUUUUUUAAAAAAAAGUGUUCAAGAUGACGGAUGUAGAUUCAGACGAGGAACAAUUGGAGAUGGAAGAAUUUCCUGACGGAGAUGAGGAGCUUUUUCAACAAGCCUGCAUCCCCAACUAUGGAACAAUACCAGGCGAGCAAGAACAUCUAGCAACUGAGUUGAGUCCGUAUAGAAAAGAGGCAACUUACUUAUUUGGUCCAUUGUCUAGGCUGCUCACUGCGAAUGGUGCAGGAUUUAUGAGCAAAUUCAUGGUUGAGUUUGAUGGGAAUGAAGACUCUGUCUUUUUUGCUGAUGGCCAACGUCGAAUCGAUUUUGUGUUGGUUUACGAGGAGGAGCACAGAAAACCGGGAGACAAAAAGAGAAUGAGAUCAAUUCUAAGCAGAAAGAGAAAAAGAGCAUUCUUUCAAGAAAACUUAAUGAAAGAAGGCGUACAGAUUGAAGCAACAAAAUCGGUUAUGGAUCGCAACCUUAUUUUUCUGAAACUCCACGCACCGUGGGAACUGCUCUGUCGUUAUGCUGAACUCCUUCAUAUCAAACUGCCUCUACAUUCCAAUGACAUGAAACAGAAACCCUCCACAUUCAACUGCAUCACUAAGAUUUUCUCAGUGGAUGAAGACAAAAUUCCACCAGAGCCUGAAUAUUUCACUGCGCCUUUUGAGAUGGAUCGUAUUAAAAGUUUCCAAAUUGACGAUCGUGAUUCUUUCUUCCCACCAGCUACUCGAAGCAGAAUAGUCAAGUACAUUUUGAAUCGCUGCGAAUAUAAAAGAGGAAGUCCAAACAAAUUUGGCAUUACCAAACUUUUGGACUCAAAGACAUACAGUGCAGCUUACACUCUCCAUGACUGUAAAUUCAAUCAGAAAUCAUCAGAUCCAUUAUGCCCCAAUGAGAGAUACCUUCUGUAUGAGGAGUGGGGUCACCCCAAGAAUUUUUACAAGCUGCAGCCUCUGGAUCUCAUCAGGAGGUAUUUUGGUGAGAAGAUUGGAAUCUACUUUGCUUGGCUUGGCUUCUAUACGGGAAUGCUGGCCAUUGCUGGAUUUGCAGGACUCGUCUGUUUUAUUUUUGGAAUACUGACUCUGGAUUACAACACAUGGAGUCAGGAAGUGUGUGAUCCUGAGAUUGGAGGUCGUAUGAUCAUGUGUCCCCAGUGUGACCGAGAUUGUACUUAUUGGAGACUCAAUGUUACAUGUGAAUCAUCAAGGAAAUUGUCUGUAUUUGACAACUAUGGAACUCUAGCCUACGCAGUGUUUAUGGGAAUUUGGGUGACUGUGUUUUUGGAGUUCUGGAAACGCCGUCAGGCAACAUUGGAGUAUGAGUGGGACACGGUGGAACUGGAGCAGGAAGAACCACGACGACCAGAAUAUGAAGCAAAAUGCACUAUUCCAAAAAAAAAUCCGAUCACACAGGAAGAAGAGUUGGUUCCUUACACAGCCUGUGGAAAAUGUAUGCGACUGGUUUGCGGUGGAAGCACAGUUCUUUUUUGGAUCUCAUUAAUUAUUGCCACAGUAAUUGCUAUUAUUGUCUAUCGGUUGGCUGCCUUUUUUAACUUCUCUGCCAAGCUGCCAGAAGCAAUAGAUGAAAAUCUGGAACCUCUCAAAGACUACCUGACCCCACAGAUGGCAACUUCUGUAACAGCAUCUCUCAUUAACUUUUUGUUCAUUAUGAUUUUGAAUAUUCUUUAUGAAAGAGUGGCAAUAUGGAUCACGGACUUUGAGCUUCCAAGAACACAGACAGACUAUGAAAACAGUCUAACUGUGAAGAUGUUUCUCUUCCAAUUUGUCAACUACUAUUCCUCUUGCUUCUACAUUGCUUUCUUCAAAGGCAAGAUUGUGGGUUAUCCUGGAGAUCCAGUUUACUGGUUGGGGAGAUUCAGAAAUGAAGAGUGUGACCCAGGCGGCUGCCUUAUAGAGCUGUCAACUCAGCUGCUGAUUAUAAUGGGAGGAAAAGCAAUAUGGAACAACGUUCAAGAAGUUCUCAUUCCGUGGUUAAAGAACCUUAUUGCUCGGUGUCGUGAAAAAUCAGAAGAGAAGCUUCCCCGAUGGGAGCAAGACUAUCAGCUGCAAUCCAUAUCAAAGUUGGGCUUAUUUUAUGAAUACCUGGAAAUGGUUAUACAGUUUGGUUUUGCCACCAUCUUUGUAGCAUCAUUCCCUCUGGCACCGCUGUUGGCACUGAUUAAUAACAUCAUUGAAAUACGAGUAGAUGGUUGGAAAAUGACCACACAGUUUCGACGGAUUCUGGCAGCCAAAGCACAAGAUAUUGGAGCCUGGCUGCCAAUCCUGCAUGGAGUGGCUGUUUUUGCAGCUGUGACAAAUGCACUGAUCAUUGCGUUUACAUCUGAUAUGAUUCCCAGGCUUGUUUACUAUUGGGCACUGUCCGUGCAACCUUUUGGAACACACAACAGCCCGACCAUGCAAGGUUACAUCAAUACGACUCUCUCUGUUUUCAGAGUAGCUGACUUCAAAAAUCUCAGCAAGCCCAGGAUUGUCCCCUCCUGGUUUGACCAUGAAACUGAUACCACCUGCAGGUACCGAGAUUUGAGAUAUCCUCCUGGUCACCCUCUACAGUAUAAUCACAGCCUUUAUUUCUGGCACGUGAUGGCAGCCAAACUGGCUUUUAUUAUUAUUAUGGAGCACGUUGUAUUUACAGUUGAAUGCUAUUCAAGAAAAUGGAAACUUCUUCAAAGAGUGCAAUGUAUUAAAGGCUGCUUGUCCAUGGUAAUUUGGCAGCCAUCUUCCUCCUCUACAGGGCUUAGACAGCUCAUGUGCAUCGGGUCUAGGCCUGAAACGUCAGCUUUUGUGCUCCUGAGAUGCUGCUUGGCCUGCUGUGUUCAUCCAGCUUCACACUUUAUUAUCUUGGAUUCUCCAGCAUCUGCAGUUCCCAUUAUCUCAUGUGCAUCUGUUGGCACUCACAGUUAGUUGUAUGUGUAAUAUGUGUCAUAAGGUGUCACACAUUGCCUGUCAUGUAAGUGAGAAAUUAUUUUAUCUGAAAUAUAUAAAAUAUAAUUCUGUCAUCUUGAUGUGUUUUUUGAAUUUCAAGAUGCUGUACUAAUAAAUUUGCACAAUCUUUGUGCCUGUAAAGCUUUAUAUAAUUAUUCUCCCACCUAGAGACAUUUUCUAAAGAACUAGUGAUAAUGUUUUUCCUUUAUGAUUAUUAUGACAUACCCGGAGCAUUAAGUAAUGAAAACAGUUAAUUAAGACAAAAUGAUAUAGGAGCAAAGCAUGUCUAAUUAAAAAUAUCAUGGCAUGAAUAUAUUUGCCAUUAAUGACUAAAUGUUACUUGAUUUCCUGUUAAACACUAACAGCAUUCUAAAGUAUAUUUUUGUACAACGUUUCUGCAUGCUAUUUUAAAAUUUAAAGGACUUCUUCCCAUUGGAACAGAUUUUACCCUGUCAUGGACUGAGUGAGCUGAAUACCAAUUGAGCUGAUUGAAACACUCACUGAUAGGUACCAUCGGUUUGACAGAUAUAUGUUUUCCACUAUAGCUUUGUGCUGAAGGUUGAGUUUUCAUUGACAAUUUGUUUGGUUCAGUCUAAUUUGUUUUGAAAAACUAUUUGAAUGCCUUAUAAGUUAAAAUCUCUACUGAUUGGAGUCAGACCUGGUGGUUGCGGUAUGACAGUUGUGGUUGGUGGAAGUCAAUUGUCUCAACUCAAAGACCUUUCUGCAGAAGUUCCUCAGAUAGUGUCUUAGGCCUAGCCAUCUUUUGCUGUUUCAUAAAUGACCUUCCUUCCAUCCUAAUGUCAGAUGUGGGGAUAUUUGCUAAUGAAAGCAGAAUGUUCAGCAUCAUUCGUGACUCCUCAGAUACUGAAGCUAUCUGUAUCCAAACACCGCAAGACUGAAUCAAUGCUUAGUCUCUAAUUUAUGGUAAGUAACAUUUGUGCUACAUGAGCGCCAAGCAACAGCUAUUUCUGAUGAAAGAAUGCAGCCAUUAUCUCUUGAUAUUUAAUAGUGUUACCAUCAUUGAAUUCCCUAAAUAUUAUUCAUAGAUGCAAGAGCAGGUCAUAGACUAGGAAUUCUGCAGCAAGUAACUCACCUCCUGACUCUUUAGGUCUUGUCCACUAUCCACAAGGCAUAAGUCUGAUGGAAUACUUCCCAAUUGCUUGGCACCUCAAAUAACACCUUCAUGUGCCAUCUAUAAGUUGCGCUGCAACUCACCAAGAUUUCUUAAACAACACUUUUCAAACCCAUGACCACAAUCAUUUUGAACGGACACGUUGGAACACCAGCACGUGCAAAUUUUCAUCCAAGCUGUACAGUAUCUUGAGUUGGAACUAUAUUGCUGUUCCUUUUCUGUUGUUGGGUCAAAAUCCUGGACCUCCACCCUACACUGCACCAUCUCCAGGGCAAUUAGAGAUGGAUGAUAAAACUGCCACAAUUUGUUUACUGUUGUCUGUAAAAUCUGACACGACUUUGUUUUCUGAUGGGCCAUGUUUCUUUCAUUCCUAUAUUAAUAUUGCAUAAAGGCAGUUUAUAUAUCAUUUACAUUUUCAUUCUUUUCAUUUGGAUCCAUUAAAAUCAACAAAGCAGGGUAAAAGUGGAGGGAUGGUUUCAUCCCUAAGUAAAUUAUAACCCUAUAUUAUGUCCUCCCUUGAAUUUUCAAUAGCAUUUCUAAUUAAUAAAAGAACUUUUUAAAAUCUGAGACGUAGCUGUUUUUAAUCAAAAACCUGGAACAUCAUAGCAGAAAAGGAGGAAGUUGUAUUAUUUUACAAUGAAAAAAAUCUCUCGCAAAUAAAUAUGGUCUGUCUUAUUUUGUCUGGUCCCAGAAAUUAUGGUGAUGAAUUCUAAAAUGGGAUGAAAUUGGUUAUUUACUGAGAGGAAGCAAUGAUACAAUGAAUAGCUCAAUCUUUCUCACUUUAGAAACCAGUGAACCUUGAUGUGUUUAGAGAAUAUUGGGAAGUAAAUACAUUUAAUUAGUAAACAACUCAACCAAUAUUGCUUUGCUCUAAGCUCUGGUUAGGAUGAAAUGAGCAUUUUUGCCAAAAUAUUGAUUACAUUCAUUUAGCUCUAAUAGGCUUAUCACAUUUAUUUCUCAACCGAGAUAACAGAUAUUCAGUCACAACCACAACUUGGUCAGGAGGGUGUAUUUUAUUUAACUCGAUAUUAGUGGAAAAGUUAAGAGUUCAUUAUGUGGCUGAGCAAAUGUAUCAUUUACACAUUUUAUGUUAAGCAUAUACAACAUGUUUAGUAUUUUCUUUACUUUUAGAGCUUGUAAUGAAGCCACAAUGUGGAUCGUAUCAUGCAAUUCUCUAACAUGCAAUUAGAACAUAGAACAUAGAACAUAGAACAGUACAGCACAGAACAGGCCCUUCAGCCCACAAUGUUGUGCCGACCAUUGAUCCUCAUGGAUGCACCCUCAAAUUUCUGUGACCAUAUGCAUGUCCAGCAGUCUCUUAAAUGACCCCAAUGACCUUGCUUCCACAACUGCUGCUGGCAACGCAUUCCAUGCUCUCACAACUCUCUGUGUAAAGAACCUGCCUCUGACAUCCCCUCUAUACUUUCCUCCAACCAGCUUAAAACUAUGACCCCUCGUGCUAGCCAUUUCUGCCCUGGGAAAUAGUCUCUGGCUAUUGAGCAUACAACCAUCUCUACCAAAGAACACCAAUAAUUUGGAAUAAAAUAUUAGUUUUUAAUUUUUGUUUUUUUCUUGAAAGCACUUGAUAUAUUAAAUUGUAUUGUAACUGUGAAUAUGGUUAAUUGCAAUCAUCAAAAUUUACUUUGUUGGAAUUCAUUAACUAAAUUGUAUUGAUUGUUACUUUGUAAUUAAAAAUAUCUCCCAUGUUUCUAUACAAAAAUAACUGACUUGCAUUCAUUUAACAACCUCUGUACUGGAGAUGUCUAAAAUUAUUUCCUGAUAUGGGACCAAUCAAAAUAUGUGGAGUUAUAUGUAUGAA